AGGGUAACUGUGUAAAUCUUGCUGCACCCCUGCCCCUGUAUAUAAGGCGUGGGAGGGACUCCGUGAUCAGUAUUCAUUCUCACAGGACCCAGAUACAUUGUAUUCUCUCGUGCAGAGGGCAACACCGGGCAACCAUGGCAGACACCCUGAGGAGACUGGCAAACAGUGAGACAUGCAGACUACUGCAGGACAAGCUGGAAGACUGGUACAAGGAUUACCACAUUAAUUCAUGUGACAAUAAUCUGAAUGUUUGCUGUGAACUUCUUGAGUUGCAUGCAAAAAUCCAGGGUCAGCUAUUCACAAUCCUUAGUGUGACAGCCCGGGAAGGUGGUCAAUAUGCUGGAGUUGAAACCCUUAAAAGCCGAUUCCUGCCGUGGCUGGGGUCCUGUUUUACUACAAGCUCCUCGAGUGCUGACAGUAGCUUUUCACUUCUUCAGGAAUCACUUGAGAGAGACAGGAAAUUGAGAGACAUCUCUGCUUCUCAGGAAAAGGACCUGCAAAGAUUGGAGACCCAACUGGCAUCCACACGCUCUGAACUGAGCAACGUCAGACAAGACCUGAUAGAAGCACAAAUUGAACUCGAAGACACAAAAACUAAAUCAGCAAGCACUCUUCUGGCCACCGAGGAAGAGAUUCUUCAGUUGAGAUCAGAGUUAAGAUCUACCCAGGAUAAGUUGGAGCUGAGAAAGCUAGACUCUCUGGAUGAUUAUGAGCGACAGAUACGACUGCUUAAGGAUGAAAUUUCAAUCUUGUCUGCUGAGAAGAGUUUACUGCAUGGCAGACUCUCUCGAAGUCGCUCUCCCAGCCCUCUGCGACACUCCAGCCGAUCAUCAAGUCCUUUCUUAAGGAGCGAAUCACCCGCCAGAUUAACCAACUCCUCUCGCCGCGCUCGCCUUAUCUCCAGAUUUAAUGACAUCUUUGCUAAUGAUCGUUUAGAUGCUCAGAAUCUCCUGAGGCGAUACAUUGACGAAUUAGAGAUGGUUCAGAGGAUCAUUUUUAUCGCCACUGUGGAAUCCUUCCACGCAGCCAAGAUGGCUUUCAGGCAGUUUAAACUCCGUGUAAGGAAGACACUGUCUCCAUCUCACUUGGGACCUGAAUCACUGGAAGAUGCUGUGAUUGACUACAUUGUGCGCAAUUUGGAUUGCUAUGACGUCCAAUCCAGUGUUAAUGAAGUGAUCAGUGCAAUGAACGUGAACCCUAAAAUCUCCUUCCCGCCAGAAGUAGACUUUAUUCUGAUCAGCGGGUUCAUCCGCGAGGUGUGCCGCCUUGCUUUUGCUAUGCAAACUCUAGAAGAGCCAUUGGACAUCGGAUUUGCUGUAGACGGAGAGCUGUUUGGUGAAAACAAAUACCGCCGUACCUAUGACUCUGAACUUACAGCUCCACUAGUUUGUUACCACGUGUGGCCAACUCUGAUGGAAAGUGACACGGUCAUUGUGAAAGGAGAAGCCGUGACUAAGAGAGGUGCUCUGUGGAGUCCAGGAAAGAGUAGAAGUCGGAGCUCUAGUCCAAUUCGGUCUCGUUCAGCCAGUCCCGGUCGAGCCUUGACCUCUAGAAGCCGUAGUCCUUCCCCUCUUAGAAGAAGUGGAACUCCAAGAUUCUAACUGGCUGACUUUUAUGUGUGAAAUCAAUUCAUCAGGAAUCAGUCUUUGUCAGUGGUGCUUCAUUGUGUCUCCAGAGUACCUCAGACCUUCAUUACGAUAAUGUGAAUGGAUAUUUAGUGGAUAAAAUGUUUUAUAUGUAGUGUGUUUUUAAUUUUUUUUUGGAUCACUGUACUUAUAUAUUAUUUUUCUGUACAAAUAAAAUGUAAUUUUCAGAUAUUUUUUUCUUUUGACAUUUAAGCAUGUUAAGGGAACUUUUUAGAAAAAAGAGAGAUGUUAAGGUAAUGGUGACAUGAUGAUAAAGUUAUAGCAGUGGCUCGCAAAUCAUACAUCUCUUUGGGUUUUGUUGGGGUACCAUGGUGGCAGAUAAGGUAAACUAGAGUGGAAGUUUUAAAACAGACCGAGUGGCUUGUUGUACUUUUAUAAUCUGUAACAAUGCAAUAAAACUAUGUUUUAUGUGUACCUUAAAGGGACUCUCCAGUUCCAGGAAAACAUCCUGCAGUGCCCCGCUCCCUCCCACCCCCCCACCCCAUGUUGCUGAAGGGGUUAAAACCCCUUCAGUGACUUACCUGAAUCCAGCGCUGAUAUCCCUCGGCGCUGGGUCAGGCUCUGCCAAUGCUCCUCCCCUGCCAACUUCAGCCGGCGGGGGAGACCUAAGGCGAAUGCGCGGCAAUGGCUGCGCGCAUUAGACCUCCCCAUAGGAACGCUUUCCUACGGG